AUGAAGGACCAGGAGAUUGACCAUCAGAAUGAUAAAAGCAGGGAUCUUCAGUCCAGUCUGAGCAAUGCCCUGAAACUCAACACGCUUCUUUUCAAGAUUCGAGAUGACGAGUUGCCGAUGGCUUGUUGUCAGCUUGCCCAUGAGGUGAAGUGUAUUGAACUGGGCGUUCUUCGCACUGCAGAUUUGUUUGCCAGCCACUUAUUCCCUCUGGCUGAGUUGAAAUCUUCAAUCAAGAUACAUCCUGACCUUGAUGAUAUUGUUCGUAAAUCCAUUAAACGCGUGAAUAUUUUGAGUUCUAUGCCAGGUCCAGCCCUCCGAGCAAUGAUUUUUCAUUUCAUUCGUGAUCACAUACUUUAUUCUGAAACCUGGACGGCUCACCAUAUAGAGGGUUACAUGCUUCGAGCAUACCAGAGGACGGACCAGAGGAGCGUAGCAGGGAAGCACUUUGAAAAUUUUCACAGACUCGCACCUAUACAAAUGCUUGAGCAUGACUCAGAGUUCAAGACAAGCUUUCUCGAUGCAUACAAUGAAGAAUUGCAAAGUCAUAUCAUGAGAUUAUUAGACUCUCUGUUCGACCCCAUUCAACUCGAUAAGAAGGCAAAGACGUUCACUGGGAAUUAA